CCGCCCCGCCCACCUGGAAACCAGGCCCCGCCCCCAAAUAAAGGGGCGUGUCCUCCUUCGCCUCUUGGGUCGGAGAGGAAAAAAAAUGGCUGCGACGCGAAGGCUGGUUUUGGAGGCUCUUCGGGGCAGAGCGGCCUUUCCCUUUUCCGGCCUCGGCUUCCGGCAUUACUCCCAGGAUGGGGAAAGCAGCUGGUUCCGCUCGCUCUUUGUGCACAAGGUGGACCCUCGGAAGGACGCUCAUUCCACCCUCUUGUCCAAAAAGGAAGCCAACCACCUCUAUAAAAUCCAAUUCCACAAUGUGAAGCCCGAAUGCUUGGAAGCUUACAACAGCUUGGCGGAGGAAGUCCUUCCGAAAUUGCACUCGGAUGCCAAUUAUCCUUGCGACUUGGUUGGGAACUGGAAUACAUGGUACGGCGAACAGGACCAGGCAGUUCACCUUUGGCGGUUUUCAGGUGGCUACCCAGCUCUGAUGGAUUCCAUGAACAAGUUGAAACAGAACCAGGAAUAUUUGGAAUUCCGCAAGGAGAGGAGCAAGAUGCUGCUUUCCCGGAGGAACCAGUUGCUGCUGGAGUUCAGUUUUUGGAACGAACCUCUGCCUCGUUCUGGGCCAAAUAUUUACGAAUUGCGGACAUAUAACUUAAAACCUGGGACCAUGAUCGAAUGGGGAAAUAACUGGGCCCGGGCCAUCAAGUACCGCCAGGAGAACCAGGAGGCCGUGGGGGGCUUCUUCUCCCAAAUCGGGGAGCUCUACAUCGUCCACCACUUGUGGGCUUAUCGGGAUUUGCAGUCGCGAGAGGAGACCCGGAACGCCGCCUGGAGGAAGCGCGGCUGGGAUGAGAACGUCUACUACACAGUGCCUCUGGUCCGGAGCAUGGAGUCCCGCAUCAUGAUCCCCUUGAAGAUCUCCCCGUUGCAGUGAAGACCAAGAAGAGCAGCGAGCGAGGAAGAAGAAGAAGAAGACACCCUCCAAACCCUUCUCACGCACAAAUAUAUGCAUAGGGAGAGAGAAAUAUCUUUUUUGGGGCCCAGUUUUGGACCAAAACCCGGAGCAGGUUCCCUCCCGAGCCGGGAGAGGGCUGUGGUUGUUUUGCUGGGACCCGGUGCCUUGUCCUCCGCCCCCCUCCCUGGACAUUCCCACCAUCUCUUGAGACUGGGAUGGAAAGUCUUGCAAUACACUGAAUGGUUUACGGAAAGACAAA